UUUCUCUUUUUCUACGUCACUCAUUUUCUUCAUGUCAUGUGUUUAACAAGGGGAGCUGACUUGCAAUGGGGUACAUUUGCACAACAACCUGCGUACAAUAUGAAUUCAGAAAUGGAAAUGUAUUAUGCUACGAAUAAGUUAUUUUUAUACCGAAUCGGCGUGUGGCCGUAUCAGCGGAGAGUUCUUAAAGUGAUGAUACCGUGUUUUAUCGUAAUAGUGCAUAUUUCUGUUGUCAUAAGUGAGGCGCUACUGUUAUACGACACUUGGGGUGAUAUAAACGUUGCAGUUGACUGUAUAGUCAAUCUUAUUUUGCUUUUUACUGCCGAUGUAAAAUUAAUUAAUAUGGUUGUAAAUAAUAGGAAAGUGAGUGGUCAAGUUGAUAUCGGUAACGUGUAUUUGCUAUUAUUAUUGUUAUUAUUAUUAUUUGUAUUAUUUAUUGUUAAUCAGUUCCGACGAUUAUUGGAACUUAUGAACAAACACUGGGAGCUUUUAAAUAAUAAAAUUGAAAGUCAUAUCUUGAAAUAUUAUGCUAGUAUUAGCCAAAAACUAACAAGUUAUUAUGCAGUAUAUUUGAUCGUGAUCAUAAUAUUUUAUUUAUUAAUUCCUUUAACACCAAAAAUUUUGGACUUCGUAGUUCCAUUGAAUGAGUCAAGACCAUUGGCAUAUAUAUAUCAGGGCGAAUACAGAGUGGACAAAGAGAAGUAUUAUUAUCCAAUUUUGUUUCAUUCUUAUCUUGCGACUGCAUGCACAAUGACAAUUCUGUUCACUUGUGAUACCACGUAUAUAAUAUGUGUGUUACAUGCUUGCAGCCUAUUUACAGCUAUUGGAGAACAACUGGAAAAUAUAACUAGCAAGGCAGGUACAACUUCAAAUAAUGAUGGAGAAAUCCAUACAGAGAUGCAAUAUCAUACAUUCAUAAAAAAACACAGUUUUAUCGGCAAUGACUAUAAAAUAUUGAUAACGUGUUUGAAAAAACAUCAACUUGCAGUAGAAAACGCUCAGACGUUGAAUUCUAUGUUUCUUCAUGUAACAUUUAUUCUUUUAUCUAUGAAUAUGCUGGUUUUGAGUAUAAUUGGAAUACAACUUAUUAAUAAUCUAGAGAAUACUAAAGAGACAAUAAGAUAUAUUUGUCUAACUGGUGCUACGUUUAUUCAUCUUGUAUGUAUGUGUAUUCCUGGACAAUUACUGAUUGAUAAAAGCACAGAAAUUCUCGACAAAACGUACGGUUCAGAAUGGUAUACAUUUUCUAACAAAACUAAGAAAUUGUUAAGUGUACUUCUUUAUAAAAGUUUAGUUCCAUGUACACUCACGGCUGGAAAGAUGUUUGUUAUGUCCAUGACUCUGUGCAGUUCGAUUGAUAUACAAUUUUAAGGUAAUGCAAACUUCUUUGUCGUAUUUCACGGCUUUUUUAUCCAUGAGAUAAGGAUACAGCAAACACGUAAUUAUGUAUAUCUUUACAAAAUAAUACCGAGAAAAGUUGUUCGUAGUCGUUGUGUUUUAUAAAGAAUGAUUAUAAUCGUCAUAAUAAAAUAAUAUAUUUCGUAUUAGAAAUACAAA